AUGGCGGCCACUUCCGUGUUGGCAUCGACGCCUGCUUUGGAGAAGCAAUGUGAAAAGGUCGGCCUCUCUGAUGAAUGGACCAAGGCGAUGAUCGCUGCGCAAGUUGACACCUUGUCCAAGGUCUCCUAUGCAGUCAGCUUACCAGGCACGCCCGCGACUGACACCAACAUCGAGGACUUUGCUGGCAAACUUCGACCAGGUGUUGCUCUCUCUUUGGGCGACAAUGCAGCACUUAAGCGCUUGGUCUUUGAAGCUCAGACACUUUGCAUCGCCGAGCUUCGGAGUUCGGUGCAGGUUGGUGAAGAUGCUCCACGCAAGCUGCCGGCUGCAGAACGUGCUCUGCGGAUAGAGCAGCAAGCAGCUCGCUUGAAGGGACUGCCUCUGGCCAAAGGUGCAUGGCAAUGUGCGCACAGCCUCUACGAUCGUUUUGCUCACAUGAGAGAGACCGAAGAGCUUCGCUUUGUCCCACCUGAUGAAUGCAUCACCCGGGAUCAGGAGUUGGCCGGCAGCAAGGCACCGAAGUCUGUGCAGCUGGAUGCAAGCAAGUCGGGCCUCAUCGUGAAGGAUGAGGAAAUCACCAAUACAAUGAACAUCACCUCAGAUCACGAGCUUUACCUGAGUUUCAUGAGGCGCGCCUUGGCCAUGGAUCUCGUGGGCCUCGCCAGCUUUGAUGUGAUGCAGAAGUGGAUCGAGCGUCUGUUCGAUGUGAUGAACCAGGAUCCACCUCCAAACUUCUCCCGGGUCUCUCGUGCCCAGGUCCUUCGUGCGGAUCGCCAAGUCUUCGUCGAGCUGGCCCGUAGAGCCAAUGGAGGGCUGAAAGCCCUCGCCGAUGGCUCGCUGCCACUGGAUGCAGAGUUUCGCAAUUUGCCGGGCAACACUGAGAUCAUGUACUUCUUGCUGCCGACACCGGAGAAGGGCAAGGGCAAAGGCAAAGGCAAGGGAGACAAGCGCAAGCAUUCGGGCGAUGGCGAUGAAGGUGGCGACAAGAAGAAGGCCAAGACCACUCGCGAUCCCGUGCCCAAGGAGCUUCAGGGUUGCCAUAGCAGGACUCCCAAGAAUAAGCCGAUUUGUUUCAACUAUAACUUGGGCAAGUGCAAAAAGGGCAAAGCCUGCAAGUUCGAGCAUGUGUGUUGCAGACCCAAUUGCUAUGGCAAGCACCCCUUCUCCCAGUGCCCGAAAGCCAAUGAAGCUGCUGACGUUGCUACUUCUGCUGAGUGA